AUGUUUCAAUUACUUCAAGAUAUAGACGUUGUUGUGUUACCAUUUUCAAAGGAAACUGUUCUCAGCAAGAAUAAUUUUCAUGCCCAAUUACUAAAGGAAAAGCUCGGAAGGCGAAUGUUACAAGCAAACGACAGGCAAUUUGAGUUGGAGAGGGCUUUGUUGUGGUUUUUGGAUAAAUUAAAGGAAGAAAAAUUGGCAACUAUCAAUAGUUUUCACGGGAAUACAAUUAAUUCUUGUGUGCCCUUCCGAUUAGUACUUCUUAAAUUGGCUAAAUUUGGAAAACCAGGAAUAAUUAGGAAUUUACCUUUCGAUUAUGAUGAUAGACAAGUUUUAUUGGAAUGUGUUAGGAAUUGUGGAAGUGAAUUUGCUUUUUUACCUGAAAAGUUCAAGGUGGAUAGAGAAAUAGCUCUUGCAGCUGUUAAAUCUAAUGCUGAUUCGAUUGCUAGUUUCAUGGUGAAUAGUUCUGUAUUUAGGAAAGAUCCUGAAAUUAUUGCACAUUGUCUAAUGGCUAAUUGUUCUUUAUCUUCUCAAGUAUCACCUGAAGCAUUGGAUGAUGAAGCAUUUUGUUUGAGUGUGGUUGAGAGAAUCUACAAACCCUCUGAUAUUUACUACGUGUUGCUUCAUUCUGUUUCGAAUCGUCUUUUGGAAAGUGAACCGUUCAUGAAAAGAAUCAUUUCAAAAUUCCCAAAGGCAUUGUAUGCAUUUAAAAAGUUCAUAACCCAAGAGGAUCUUGUGAUUAGUUGUGUGGAAAGAGGAUUGGAUUGGAUCCAUCUCAAAAAAGAUCUUAUUACAAAAGAUCUAAUCCUAAAGUGCUUACAAAAUGUAAGCAUUGUUGGUUUAUCAGUAUUUCAAAAGUAUAGAAUACCAGUUGAGUUUGAACAAGAUAGGGAUAUAACAAUUCAACAAUUGAAGAUUGGAGGAAAAGUUUGGGAUUCUACUAUUCAUCCAAUGUUCAAAUUAAGUAAUUUCAUUUUGAAUGAUACUACACUAUUUGGAGGAGAUAUCAAACUGAUAUUAGAUGUUUUAAAACAUAAUGCGGAUAUUUUCUCAUGGUUACCAGAUCAUGUGCAAUCACAUCCAGCCCUGAGAGAGUUUAAUACUACCCAGAAAAAACAAAGUAUUGAACAAGAACCUUCAAGAUAUGAGAAUAUUUGGAAUAGAGAUGAGUUUAUUGAUUUGUUCAACAAGAGUAGUGAUGAUGAAUUGGAAAGAGAACGACUAGUUUGUCGAUGUGGUUAUUUAUUGAGAUUUUGCUCGCCUAAAAUUACGGCCAACAAGGAAAUUGUAAUGAGAGCUUUACAAACAUCUCCAAUGAGUUUGAAAUAUACAUCUGAUGAAUUGAAGAAGGAUAAAGAGGUGGUAUUAGUGGCUAUACGAAGGAAUAUUAGGGCUAUCCAAUUUGCAAAUCUAGAACUGUUAAAUGAUAAGGAUAUUUGUAAUAUUUUAGCAGGUGGCAUUGAUAUUAUAGAUAUUACAUUCCCUAACCAAUUAUUUAACAGAUAUGUCCAAGUUAUCAGAAGAUUACUAGUGGAUCCUUGCUCUAGUUAUUAUCCAAACGAGCCAGAGUUUUUGGAUUAUGAUGGAGAUGAGAGCUUUUCUGAGGUUGGCCAUUUAGGCCUAAUAUCUGACACAAUUACACAAACUAAUGAGGUUGACAAUGAUGAUUACUAUCUUAACAAUAGAGAAUUUUACAAAUUUGCAUUAAGGUACGAUGGAACAUUGUUACAAUAUGCACCAGAGGAAAUUAGAAAUGAUGAACAAAUGAUUUGCCUUGCUGUCUCUACAAGGAGGUCUGCUUUCAAUUAUGCAACAGAGGAGAGGAAACAAGACCUACUCACAUUUAUGAGAGCUACCAAGUCAAUGAGUUUCUAUUGUGAUUCUGGAGAGCAUGAACAUUAUUACAGUUGGAGCUCAAUUGGUCCUCCAUGUUUACCCUCAGAUCACUUUCAAUCUACUAUUUUUGAUACUUAUUACUACCUUAACCAAGACAAUCCUUUUUUGUAA